CUCUCUCCCACUCAAUAAUCCCACUACCUCCACAUUUCAGUUUCACCGAACAGUAAACAGAGAGUGCAAGAGCUAAAUAUAUAACUACACAUAUCUGGCGCAACAAUCCAUUAUUGGUGUAAAUGCUUGUAGGCUUGUAGCAGUAGUGGAGCAAGCAAAAUACUACCGCCCCCACCCACAAAGGCUGGAAGAAUUAAUAUUAAGGGUGACAAUCGAACAGUCUUUUUGAGUUCAGGUAGAGUUCUCAUGAGGAAUGGCUUCUUCUUGGAUUUAUGGUAUCAUUUUGCUUCUUCUUGCCAAGCAACAGUCUUUGUUCCUUCUAGCACUUGCUUCAAGCAAUGUUCACAUUGUGUAUAUGGGAGAGAGGCAGCAUGAAGAGCCUGAACUCGUUCAAGACUCGCACCAUGACAUCCUAUCUAAUAUACUUGGAAGCAAGGAAGCUGCCAAGGAGUCGAUUCUGUAUAGCUACAAGCAUGGCUUUUCAGGGUUUGCUGCAGCCUUAACUGAGUCUCAAGCCAAGCUUAUUGCAGAUUUCCCAGGAGUUGUUCGUGUAGUUCGAAACCGAAUUCUUAGUCUGCAGACGACUAGAAGUUGGGAUUUCCUCCAAGUAAAGCCUCAAAUUGCACACGGAAUUCUUUCAAUGGGUCAUUCAGGACUUGGGACUAUUAUUGGUGUCAUGGACACUGGAAUCUGGCCUGAGUCUGAAAGCUUCAAAGAUGAGGGAAUGGGAGAGAUUCCAUCUCGUUGGAAAGGCAUAUGUCAAGGAGGAGAGAAGUUCAAUAGCUCCCACUGUAAUAGGAAAAUUAUUGGUGCACGUUGGUAUAUCAAAGGAUAUGAAGCUGAAUUCGGAAAGCUAAAUACAAGUGAUGGGGUUGAGUUCUUUUCUCCCCGAGAUGCUGCAGGCCAUGGCACUCACACAUCAUCUACUGCAGCUGGUCUUCCAGUAGAAAAUGCAAGUUUUAUGGGAUUAGCUCAAGGAGUGGCGAGAGGGGGUGCUCCAUCAGCUUGGUUAGCUGUCUACAAAGUUUGCUGGGCUACUGGCGGUUGCAGCGCAGCCGAUCUUCUUGCCGCAUUUGAUGACGCAAUAUUUGAUGGCGUAGAUGUGCUUUCAGUGUCUCUUGGCGCACCACCUCCACUUGAUACUUAUGUGGAUGAUGUUGUGUCCAUUGGUUCAUUACAUGCUGUAGCUAAAGGAAUUUCAGUUGUAUGCUCUGCCGGGAAUUCUGGUCCUUAUCCUCAGUCUGUCAUAAAUACAGCUCCAUGGGUUAUAACCGUUGCCGCAAGUACCAUAGAUAGAGCUUUCCCCACUUUGAUUUCCUUGGGGAACAAUCAAACUCUUGUGGGUCAGGCUUUCUAUACAGGGAAGGAUAUGAACAAAUUUCACCCUAUUGUGCAAGGAGAAGACAUAGCAGCUGUUGAUGCAUAUGAAGAUAGUGCAAGGUAG